AUGGAGAACAGCCCGACGCAGCGGCCAGCGUCCCAGCUGAUUGCUGGGUUCACGUCGCCUCCGGCGACCGCUGGAUCGCAAAAUAUCAUGCAGCAGUCGUCAUUGUCCAUGAGACCACCGCCCUUUAGUCACGAUGUCGAGAAGGAGGAAUUGCGCGUCAAACUCAGUACGCUCACCUACGAGCUUGCGAAUCUGAAACAAGAGCGGGAAAUGGAAGCGAUCCGGUAUGAAAAAGAGACCAGAAGCCUUCAGUUGAAGGCAGAUGCAGACUUCCGCAAAGCGCAGGCAGCCGAGUCCGCCAGUGUGCGCGCGAAUGCGAAGACGGAAGCAUUAGCCAAAGAGUUGAAGGAAACGCAGGAGCAAUUAUUGAGUGACAAGACGGCCUUUGAACGCAAGAUUCGUGACUUGCAGGAUGAGAAGCAGAAUGUCCAGGAAGAACUUACAGACGCACUGGCUCAAGUUUCCGACCAAGACCGCCAAUUCAAAUAUCAAGUCAACGAGCUCGAAACCGUUCGUGCCUCGCUCCAGAAAACGAUAGACGAGCUACAGCACGAUCUGCAGGAAGCGCGUGCUUCUCAGCAGUCGACUCAGGAUAAACUCUCUCAACGCGAAGCUGAGGUGGCGGACCUGGAGUCGCAAAAUAUACAGCUAAAGGCCGAGGGCAACGAUGCAGAGACAUUGACUAUCCUGAAGCGCGAGCUCUCUGAUCAAGUGCACCACAUCCGAGAACUGGAAACGACAAAUCGCGAACAGACUGCAGAGUUACGCCAUUUGCGAAAGUCGCAAAAAAAUGUGGAAGUAGUGGAAGAACAAAAGAGAUCACUGGAGAAUCAGCUGCAGCUGUUGCGCGGUCUGGAGGCGGAACUAAGUACCGUGCAGAUUCAGAAACAAGUAUUGGAAGACGAGCGACAAUCGUGGGCCAGCCUCCUUCAGACGAAUGACCAGUCCAUGGAAUUCGACUCACCUGAAGCAAUCGUGCGAGCUCUGGUUCAAGAAAGAAUCGAAAAAGCUACACUGGUUGAUCGCCUCGGCACGGUUGAUGCUCAAUUCUUGGAGAAAGACGAGACUAUCGCAAUGCUUGAAAAAGAGAAAGCACAGCUCCGACAAGAACUUGAAAAACUUCGUGUGGCGGGAAGCAUCGCCGCGGGCGCGUCGGCACCUGCGGCAGCUGAGGCUCGUGUUCGCUCCAGGCUAGAACGACAGCGUGCUCUUGCCGUCAAGGAGGUUGAGUAUCUCAGAGCUCAGCUGAAGACUUUUGACACCGAGGAAGAAACAAUGAAUAUGGGAGAAACCACCUUUGAUGCGCAAAAGUCGGCACAAAUUGCGCAGCUGGAACAGCUGGUUGAUGAGUACCGCAACGAAUUACAGAAAGCUCACGAGGAGCUGUCUCAGCGGGAACCUCCGUCGCAGCAGUCAGAAGAAGCUCAAAACAGAGGAUUAAAGCGACCCUUGUCGCCUACGGAAAGCGACGCGGAAAACGAGCGCCUCGCCGUUCUUACUCGCAAGAACCGCAAGCUGCAGGAAUCGUUGGCAAAGUCACAAGAGGCGACAACGCUUGCCAAGCGGGAAUUGGACGCCGCAAAGUCUCAGAUCAAAUCAUUGAAGGCCAAAUCACAUACCCGCAUCCUCGAACUGCGCGACAACCCAACUGCCAUUACAGAGAAGAUCAAAAUGACAACUCUCAACACGCUUCGCUCCGAGAAUCAAGCUCUCAUGGCCCAGCUCCGUGGUGAAAAUACCGGCGUCAAAGUCGUUCCCGUCAGCACACUGGAUAGCCUGAAAUUGGAGAUGCAGGAAAUGGAGCGAAUUGUAGCCGAAAAAGAGAAACGCAUGCGCCGAUUCAAGGAAAUUUUCACCGCAAAGUCCUCUGAAUUCCGAGAAGCGGUGGCUUCCCUACUGGGAUACAAGCUUGACUUCCUUCCCAAUGGCCGUGUUCGGGUCACCUCGAUGUUCCAUCUUUCAGCCGCCUACCGACAUGGUGACAGCGACGCGCGAUCUGAUGCUCGCGGGCCUGGUAGCAUGGGUAACGGCGAAGAGAAUUCCAUUGUUUUCGACGGAGAGAAUGGUACAAUGAAGAUCUCCGGCGGACCCAAUAGUCUCUUCGCCUUGGAGAUUAAACCUUUGAUCAAGUUCUGGGUCGAGGAAAGAAAGGACAUCCCUUGCUUUCUGGCAGCCAUGACACUUGACUUUUACGACAAGACUACCAGAGCUGCUAGGAUUUGA